AUGACCAGCUCCUCCGCCUCCGGUCGCAAGACUUUGAGUAAGAUUGCUUGCAAUCGGCUCCAGAAGGAGCUCCUGGAGUGGCAGGUCAAUCCCCCGGCAGGUUUCAAACACAAAGUCACCGAUAAUCUCCAAAGGUGGGUGAUUGAAGUCAAUGGAGCCCCUGGAACUCUCUAUUCUAAUGAGACCUAUCAGCUUCAGGUCGAUUUUCCUGAGCAUUACCCAAUGGAAGCCCCACAGGUUAUAUUUAUCCCUCCAGCUCCACUGCAUCCUCAUAUUUAUAGCAACGGUCAUAUCUGUUUAGAUAUUUUGUAUGAUUCAUGGUCACCAGCCAUGACUGUUAGUUCCAUCUGUAUUAGCAUUCUCUCCAUGCUAUCAAGCUCCACCAUGAAGCAACGUCCUGAAGAUAAUGACCGAUAUGUAAAGAAUUGUAGAAAUGGCAGAUCUCCCAAGGAGACGAGAUGGUGGUUUCAUGAUGAUAAAGUGUAA